AUGGCAGACCGCGACACCAUCAACAUCGAGCUGCCUGCUUCUAGAUUUCAACCCCCUCUUCCACUGGUCACCUCUUUUACCCGCUCGUCAUUCCACAUGUUCAACUUCGGGAAACAUAGGUGCCAUCCAAACCCCAAUCAACCCAACCCUCCACAAGACACUCUGACCCAUUCUAUGGUCAUGAGCAGCCUUCGCGGUUGUGCGCCAGUCAAGCUCCUGCAUUUCAUCGCAUAUGCCUCCCACCGCACAAAGUUGCACUCAUCUGUUACCUUCGCUGCUCUCGUCCUCCUCCAGCGAUUGAAAGCAUGCUUCCCCACCGCUCGGGGAUCUUUGGGACACCACCUGUUCAUAUCUGCAUUCAGUUGGUGUGGGUAG